AAAGUUAAUAUCACCAUCAAAAUACCGCUGUCGUCAAAGCAACUUCCAUAAAUGUAGCAGAUAUUUUUUUUCAGACACAUUUAAGAGGGGAGAGUUUGAUGGAGCAUGCGUUUAAACAAUGCAAUGAAACUUCAUGCAACUAGAACAAUGAUGGACGGAAAUAUUUGCAACAUCCAGGUGCUUCUACGGGCUGCUGAGUUUCUGGAGAGAAGAGAGCGAGAGGCGGAACAUGGAUACGCUUCACUGCAGCCGCUCAGUCCAGAUCCCUCCGACAAGAGGAGUAAACAGAAGAGCAAAAAGACCUCCUCUGGGGGCAAUAGGUCGGUUCACAACGAGCUGGAAAAAAACAGACGCGCGCAGCUGAGGGAGUGCCUGGAGCAGCUCAAGAAGCAAGUGCCUCUGUCGUCUGACUCCAUGAGGAACACCACGCUCAACCUGCUGAGGCGAGCCCAGCUCCACAUCAAGAAGCUGAAGGAGCAGGACCAGCGCGCCGAGCAGCUGAAGGGCCGCCUGCGCUGGGAGCAGAGAGAGCUGCGGGUUCGUCUGGAGCAGCUGCAGAGGGGCUCGGAGAGGAUGAGGAACGACAGCCACGGGUCCACCAUGUCGUCCGAGAGGUCGGACUCCGACAGAGAGGACGUGGAGGUGGACGUGGAGAGCAUCGUGUUCGACUGCCUGGACUCCGACGGACUGAGCAUUACGCACACCGGUGCAGACCACUGUUACUCCAGCAUGGACAAAGCCUGGCUAUGACGUACGGUAACUCGUGUCACGUGACCAGGUGGACAUGAAGAGGAGCAAAACAUUCCAAAAAUACAAGUCACCGCCUGAGGGAGUGGACUAAAAUGUUUCUGUACAAUUGAACAGGUUUAAAAAAAAAAAAA